GUCAUGCACAUACACUCUGCUGUAGACAUGAUUUACCCUCUGAUUCUCUCUGGGAUUUUACUUCACAUCUCAGAUGGUGCUGGACUUGAGAACAUUAAUAUAGGAGUGAAACCUAAAUCAUCUGGCAUUAUUCCAUGUCUAUAUGAUGAAAAACAUAAAGAAAACCGGAAAUACUGGUGUAAGGGGACGUAUUGGGUCUCUUGCAAAAUAUUGGCAUCUGCAAAUAAUACCAGAAAAUAUUCUCUCACUGAUUAUCCAAACCAGAGUAUUUUUACAGUGCAAUGGGAGAAUCUGCAGACCUCAGACGCUGGAUUUUACUGGUGUGCUGUGGAAAUCGGUGACUAUAACAUCCCAGACGACAGUUAUUAUUUGUAUCUGAAGGUACAAUCAGUUCCUGAUGUGUCUGUGGUGAGCAGCAGUGUAUCUGGACAUGAAGGUGGUGAUAUCAGUGUUCAGUGUCUCUACAGUUCUGAAAAAAAGAAUGAAGUCAAACAGUGGUGCAGAAUUAAAGAUCAGAGCUGUUACACAGUGGGCAGCACUGACACAUCCCAGAAUUCAUUAGUCAAGAUCAGUGAUGAUGGGAAAAAAACCUUCACUGUGCUGAUGACUGGACUGAAACUGAAUGAUUCUGGCUGGUACUUCUGCUCUGUAGGAGACUGGCAGGCUCCUGUUCAACUCAAGGUCACUAAACCCAAACAAGCUAUAACUACUGAAUCAAGACCUGAGACACACAUAGAUGAAACCCAUCCAUCUCGAAUAGCAGCCUCAGGGACUGUUAAUAGUGAAAUACACAGCACAGAUGAGCAAAACAAGCGUGAUGUGAUUCUGCUCAUGUUUCUACCAGCGAUGCUUGUGCUGUUAGUGAUUGUUACUUUUGUUGCCAUAGUAACUUGGAGACUGAGAAAAAAGCAGAGUGAGUUUUCUGGAUGA